AUGUUAAUAAUUCUUCUUAUUCUAUGCUCAGUUGUCAUCUCCCUCCUUCUGAUCCUUGAGCUAGUCUAUCUUGUUGUCGUUUGCAUUAUUCUUCCGUCUUGUCGAAGUCUGACCAUUCCAUGGCUUCUCACAAUUCUUGCAUCCAUCCUCAUCCUCCUACUUGAGUGGCUACGUUCUUGGCCGCUGCGAAACUCUGUCCCCUCGGGCUGGGCUUCCAAUACAAGUGACGCCAUCCGAGAGAUGGCCGGCCAUCUCGAGCUGGCAGCUGAGUCAAUUAGACAACCUGAGGCGCCUAAUAGUGGGGCGGAUAGCCAGGUUGCCAUGCUGGGUCUGUCGGGCUUUGGACACGAGCAGUGUUACUCUGGUUAUUCGACAUCGAUUCCGGCGGCCAGGUUGGGAGCAUUAUCGAGUGCGACUCCUGGAUACAUGGAGCCAUCUCGCCAUUCUUACAGCAGUACACAUGUAGGGUUUUUAUUCCUUGAAUACUUGUAUUUAAUAUAA